UACGUGGAUAACUUAGUUAAUCCCCACCUUCAACACACCCGCAAUGGAUACAUUCCAAGACGGUCAUCUACAGCAAUAUUUCAAUAACCUCACCAUCGAUGUCCCCAGUGCAUGUGCGGAUCUCUACCUUCUCAUCUCUUCCCACUCUAUAACCGCUUUCCAUUCCCUAUUCACCUAUAUCAGAGACCAUCCCUGCUCCUCGUUUUUGGUGAACUGCGAACUAGGCAAAGACCGCACAGAUGUCUUCAUCGCCGUCGCCUCCUCAUCCUGGGAGUGUCUGAUGAGGAUAUCAUCGCCGAUUAUUGUCUCUCAGCCGAGGGGACGAAAUUGCUACUUCCCCAGCGAAAGGAGAAGAUAGCGCAGUUUUUACGGGACCAGAGCGUGUCUUUUACGUCUGUCGCUUUGGAUGGGCAUUUUUCUGCGCUGCCAGACACGAUGGCUUUGUUUUUGGGGAGAUUUAGGGCUAUUUAUGGGGGCAGGGAGGGGUCUAUGAGACAUAUCGGGUUGGAGAUGGGGGAUGUGAGGGUAAUUAUGGAGAAUUUGACUGCUUGGUGGCAGUUAUUAGGAUAUGACUUUGUAUCAACACUGCUGAACGCUGCUGAAACAACACCCAAUAACAGACAUCCUCUACCAGGCUAAAAUAACUAGUCACACACUAACAAAACUAGACAUAUAUCCCUGCUUCUCUGACGCUUUAGGCUUUAGUUGAAGAGGU